AUGGGCCGCGUGCAGGCCGAGCGGCUCAUUGCCAGCGCCUACCGCAUCCCAGCGUCAAUCAGUAGUGAAAUCGGCAAAGCUGGGGACGGUAGCGCUGCUGCUGCUGCCGCCGCGUCGUCCUCAUUGCCCGCCUCCAAGCUGCGAACUCUGACGCGGCUGCCGUCGCGCGGCCUCACGUCGCUGCUCAGAUCGUCCAGCGAGUUUUACCUGCAACAGUCGGGCGUGCAGUUCUACGUGGACGACCUGGUGCGCCAGCUGCAGGACAAGCGGCCGGAUCAGCCGGCGCAGUUCAUCGCCAGCUACUUCAGCGCCGUCGUCAAGGGCACCAACGUCAAGGGCCGGGCGUUCGAGUACAUCAACGGCUGUCUGCAGAACCGCGCCGCGUUCCUCUCACAGCUGCAGCGCAGCUACGCCAGGACAGAUCAAAACACGCUGCUGUCGGUUGGCGACUUCACCGAAAUGCUUUGGUGUCAGUGCAGGGACCUGCCUCCGCAAUUGGUAAAACAAGCGACUUGCCACUUACCUGAAGGCGAAGACGGACAGCGCCGCGCGUCAUUGCGGACACUGCUGGCGGCGUUCAGCGCGUGCUUCUUUUACAAUGUUCUUAAACAAAACGUACGAUAUAUACAACGACAUGUCGUCUUCAAAGGAUACUUCAACAUCCCGCCCAUGGGCGAGGUCGAGCAGAUUGCCGUGAAGAGCUCAAACUUCAAAGAGUUCUGCCGCUUGUUCUACGAGAGUCCAGUGGUCUCCGGCUGCAUAGUCAACCUGCAGCUCGCGUUCCAGAAGCUGGCGCCCGUCUCGAAAUGA